ACUCCACCUCUUCUCCUCUUAAAAGCAUCAGGAGCUGAAGUCUGGCUUGACAUCCUGUUUGUGAAUUCAUGGUACAGGUCAGAGUAUUUAUUGAUUUGAAGGACUGAUUGUUAACUUUACAGCCAGUAUCUCUAAUCUCUAACCGCUCUCUGGGGUUGGGUCAGUGAUAUACUGUGCCUCGCAGGACAAAGAGGAGCAAUAAGCUAGAGUUCAGCUGUUAUGAGUUAAUAAUUGUUUUUUCAGGCGUAGCGUUGUAUCAGAUCAGAUCAGGGAACAGCAGACUCUGCUAACAGGCAGGCACCAUGGAGCCGGAGCAGCGUCUCUCUGUUUCUGUCCUGCUGCUACUUUUUGCAGCCUGGGGUGCACAUGGAGGAAACAUUUUGGUGUGGUACACCGAAGGCAGCCACUGGAUUAACCUGAAACCUGUGCUGGAGGCACUGAUUGACAAGGGACACAAGGUUACAGUUUUAGUGCCGAGCUCUUCUCUGUUCAUGAACAUCAGCGAGCCUUCACGCUUUGGCUACGAGCCUUUUAAUGUCUCUGUCACAACAGAGCAAAUUGAGAGGUUAAUGGAAGAUUUAUUUUACUUUUCUAUAUAUGAGGUCGACCACAUGAAUUACCUGCAGAUCUACAACAGAUUCAUGGAGCUGAUUCAGGUUAACCUGGAUUUCUCUCUGAGGUUUUUAGAUGGAUUGCUAAAAUCAGAUACUGUCAUGCAGAGGCUGAAGGAGGGAAAUUAUGACCUCCUCUUCUCUGACCCCAUCUUUCCAGGGAGUGAGUUGGUAGCAGAUAUGUUGGGGGUCCCUCUGGUUUUCACUCUGCGUUUUUCCAUGGCCAAUAACUGGGAGAGACAUUGUGGUCAGAUACCAGCUCCACCUUCGUUCGUCCCGGCCGCCAUGAGCAAACUGACAGACAAGAUGGACUUCUUUGAGAGAGUGUGGAACUUUCUGUUUUACAAGAUGCAGGAUGCCAUGAUAGCCAACACUUUAUGGAGCGCAGUUGAUGAAUACUACACCAAAUACAGAGGUGAGAAAAUCACACAAGGACCAGUGAGCAGCUGUGCCAAAUUGGAAGUCCCAGUUUCAAUAUAUUUUCUCAUCCUAAGUAUUUUUCAUGCCUAAGUCAUCUUUUACUUUUGUAUUACACAGGAACCCCCACCAGUGCCUGUGAAUUGAUGGGCAGGGCAGACAUCUGGUUGAUGCGAACCUACUGGGAUUUUGAUUUCCCUCGUCCUUUCCUCCCAAAUUUCAAGUAUGUUGGAGGGAUCCACUGCAGACCGGCCAAGGCUUUGCCAAAGGUAGGGAUUUCAUACUAUCAAAGGCCUGUUGGUGUUUGGUUAUACUCCCCAUUAAAGUGCUGAGAAAGGACAAAAAGAGCUGGGUAUGCAGAGAUGACAUUACUUUCUUGCAGGACAUGGAAGAGUUUGCACAGAGCUCUGGAGAUGACGGCAUUGUGGUCUUCACGUUGGGGUCAAUGGUCAAGAACAUCACCAGAGAGAAGGGGAACAUGAUAGCCUCAGUCCUUGCUGAGAUCCCACAAAAGGUCAGAGUGCAGCUAUAUGUGGCAACUGUCAUUAAUUUGAGCAUGAUUUUGAUAAUCUGUUGCUGUGUGUAGGUUUCUGUCAAUCGACUGCCUGUUACCAGCGGAUACCAAUCAGGCUUGUUGUUCCAAAAAUGCAACUUAUUAAUUGAGCACUUUUUUAAGAGGCGACAGUCAGAUAUCUUUACAUGCACGGCUAUUUGCAAAGGUGUUGCAGUAUCACGUAAAGUGACAAAACUGCCAAAUUAAGGUAACAAAAUGUGAUUCCUCUGAAAAUUAAGGAGGUAAAGUCUUUGUUUUUACAAUGUGGCAUUGAAGUGAGCCUUGCCAGUCUGCUGAGGUGAAAGUUAAUCAGAUUAUGAGACGAGGUGAGAAGUCAGCAGUAAAACAAACUCUAUAGGUAAUAGGUCAUAAAGAUGGAAUGACUGUGCAUUUUCUUCUCAUCGAGAUAGGAAAAUGGAAAUGGACAAAUAUAAAGGAGAGUUUCUCCAAAGUUGGGCAAACAGUGUCUUCAUUUCUAAUAUAUAUCGUUUAUCAUGCCAGCUCGGUGUUAGGUAAAGUUCCACAAACACCUACAAGAGUUUAACACCAAAAGUCACCCAUUCCAAAAAGAUAUGAUAUGAAUUGUGGUAUUAUUACUUCCACUGUAAAAGUGUUUAUUUGUGUUUAAAGGUCCUGUGGAGGUACAGCGGAGAAAAACCAGAAACUCUGGGUCCCAACACCAGAAUCUUUAACUGGAUCCCUCAGAAUGAUCUUUUGGGUGAGCAAAAAACGUUCAUAAAGUCAGCUGAACAGGCUUCUGAGGGAAACAUACAUGGCAUUUACUUUUGAAUAACUUAGAAUUUUCCUUUUUGAAGUAAAACAUAUGAUGACAGAACCCUCAAAAAAAUAAAAGUAAAUUUUAGGAAAAUUCUGCUAACCUAUGAGAAACAAAAGAAUCACUUUUAAUAGGAACACAGACUAUUUGCUGUGACUUUUUGACAGAUAUUUAAUUAUCUUUAAUUUAACUGAGAAAAAGUGCAUUAAUGAAGGAGGUGUUUAAGAAUAGGAUGGUAGAGCAACCAAAUUGUAGUCUUUCUAAGGGAAGACGGACCAAAAAUUCCCAACAAAAAAACGUGGCUAAGAGACUCAUGCUGUGAGUCUCAGCUCUGAUUUAACAAUACAUACAUUUUUGGGCCCUGACUCAGGUGUCUAGUCACACAUACCACCUGCAUCAUCCAAACUGUGAAAUAUGAUGUUGGAGGACUUUUGUACAACAAGUACUGGGUUGAGCUUGUAACUCAAUAAAAGGCAGAACUUCCUAUAGCACAAGUCCAAGCAGUGUUUGGGACAUUUCUAGGGUCAUAGUUUGGCUCUGAGAGCAGACAGCUGAUGGUCAGAAUCAAAAGAGGUUGGCAUGACACUGCAAAAAUAAGCAACACGUCUGAGUAUUUAUCCAAUGCACAAUUCUGAUUACUCCAUCAGGCCACCCCAAGACCAGAGCUUUCAUCACCCAUGGUGGUACGAACGGGAUUUAUGAGGCCAUCUACCACGGAGUUCCCAUGUUGGGCAUCCCCCUGUUUGGUGACCAGCCUGACAACCUGGUCCAUAUGAAGGACAAAGGAGCUGCAGUCGUGGCUGAGCUGAACUUCAUGACACCUGAGAGCUUCAGAGAUGCGCUCAAUGCUGUCAUCAAUGAUAAAUCGUAAGUGUGCUAUUGGUUUGUUUUUGGUUCUCCUUCCAUGAGCUCCUUCCUCACUAUCAAUGAUAACUCAGAAGCAAAUUUAUGAAACUCUUUUGAAGGUCUAAAUCUAACACAGUAUGGUAGAGUUUGACUAGUCCUGUAUAACUUCAUUCACAGGUACAAGGAGAGCGCCAUGCAGCUGUCCAGCAUCCACAAGGACAGACCAAUCAAAGCUCUGGAUGAAGCCGUAUUCUGGAUUGAGUACACCAUGAGAAACAAAGGAGCCAAGCACCUAAGGGUCCAGUCCCAUGAGCUCACCUGGUAUCAGUAUCACAGUCUUGAUGUCAUGGUGUCCCUUCUUUUCAUCGUCCUCUUCAUGAUAUUUCUGUCCAUUAAGACGUGCAGUUUCUGCUUCAGGAGGUGCUGUGGCAGGAAGAGAACAAAAAAGAGAAAGGCUGAGUGAGUGACAACUAAUGACUGAUUCAUGGGUGAAAAUCCAUCAGUUCACAGUGGUUCAGAGUAAGCCUGAAAAUAAACCUCGAAUUCCUGAUUUCUUCUUGGCUCUAGAAUUAAAACAAGUUGAAGAGACAUUUUUAAAGAAAUCAGUUAAUGCUGUGAGACUCCUCCAUUGCUGAAGUUGACAAUCGAAAGUAUUUUUGUUUAGUCACGUCAGUCAGGCUUGACUGAAAGUUGAGGUAAAAGUAUUGACCUCUGUGUGAACAAUGACCAUGUUUCAUAUCUGAUUUACUGUUUUGACUCCUCGUAAAUGCACAUUCAUUUGCACUCCACCUGCACAUUUGAAAAACAUCACAGUUUUGACUCUUUCCUGGACAUUUUUAGAUAGGACUAAGAACUCAACUUAUUUUACAUUUUCUAUUCAAACUUAUUGAAACAUGUUUUAAACAGUACCAUCUAGAGACUGGGAGGUCAUGGUAAUCACAGGAAUUAAAAGAAGAAAAAAAGUCAUUUUCAAUCACUUUAAAGUAUAAAUGUGAGGGGUUGAGGAAUUAAUGCUGUACCAUGAAGGCUGACAUUGCAAUAUUUUGCUGUAUCCAAUUUAAAUUUCAAUAAAACCAAUAUUGAAACAUG